AUGGGGAAAGCUAAGGAAGCACGCCUAACACAGCUUAACACAGUUGUUUACUGUCAGAAUAAUGCAGAAAGCAAAUAUGGCCAUGGAAUUGGUAUUGCCUACUUUCUUGGGGCAAAGAACUAUCUUGUUACUGGUGCCACUGGCUUCGUAGGGAAAGUUUUUAUUAAGAUGUUAAGGAUAGCAUCUAAUGCAGGACAAAUUUUCGUCUUGGUCAUCAGAGCAAAGGAUAAGGAAGCGGCGUUAAAUAGCUUGAAAACUGAGAACAAGCUGGCAGCAAUGCCUGGGGAUGUUUGUGAAUCUGAUCUUGGGAUGGAUGCUCUCACAGCCAGUGAAAUUGCAGACAAAGUCCACGUCAUUGUGAAUUCAGCAGCCAAUAGCAAUUUUGAUGAAAGGUACGAUGUUGCUCCCAGUGUCAAUGCAAAAGGGCCAUCUAAUCUGCUAAGUUUUGUCAAGACCUGCAAAAAGAUCUACCUUUCCCUUCACGUAUCAACUGCUUAUGUCAAUGGUGAAAGUGAAGGAGUAAUAGAGGAGCCCUCGUUAUCUAUGGAAGAGAUAAUUAUCCCAGGAAAGAAAGCAUCACUUCCCAGACUUGAUAUCAAUGAUGAAAUGAAGUUGGCUGCAAAUCUAAAGGAAUCUGUCAAUGAUAAAGAAGCAGCGCAUCAACAGAUGAAAGUACUUGGUGUUCAGAGGGCCAAAAUUCAUGGAUGGCCAAACACUUACUCAUUUACAAAGGCGAUGGGUGAGAUGCUGAUCACCGGAAUGAAAGGUGAUAUACCAACCGUCAUUCUUCGUCCAUCUGUGAUUAAAGGCACUUAUAAAGAACCUUUUCCCGGAUGGAUAGAAGGAAAGAGGUAA